CCCGCACAUCAAUCAUAUGGUCGCUCCCCUCCUCCCCGCAAACAUAACUAAUUGGCAUUUGAAUUUUGAAUCUACAUCAAUUUGUGACUGGGCAGAGAGAGAGACUGGGCAGUUGGGCGCGCCAAGUGUGUGACAAACAGUAAAGUGAGAGACUAGAGUGUGCCACGACGAACCACAGUUUGGGUUAAUCUUUGCGAAAUCGACUUGUGGCCGGUGCCAGUAACGGGUCCCAGUUCCAGUUCGCAUUCCGCACCCGGCUGGCCACCUAUUAGAAUACGAAUAAUAAAUUCGUUUUUAAUUGAAAUUUAUUUGUUGUGAUGGUUCCGUAACAGCUUCAGCCUCAGCCUCUCCAUCCAAGGCUGUGGAUUCUUUAAUUAACUGGAGCCCCUCGGCCAGGCCAGGGUCCGACCAGGCCGCAGGGAAUUUUGCGGCCGAAUGUUAAUUGAAAGCAAUCAAUGUGCCUCUACCCCAUUCGAAUCAAACGCAAGCGAUCAACAAGACCAAGCGGAAGCAGGCCAGGAAGCAGCCGAGCCAACACACAGCGCCAGUUCAGCCCACAAUGGAGGACGACAUGGCUGUCGACGCCAACAACGAGAAGCGUGUGCUCUGCGAGAAGAUUAUACGCGACAUAAAUGCAGUCUUCCUCAAGGACGCCGAUCUGGCAUCCUUCGAGAUUAUACCGAAGGAGACGAACUGCAACAAGUCGCCGGUGGUGCAUGUGGAGCACAAUCUGGGCCUGGAGUCGUGGUGUGCCCAGCAUGUGUAUGACCAUGCACACCGCACACUCAUCUCGCAUCGCCGCCAGACGUCACAGCAGCAGCUGCGCACGCUGCAGCAGCAGCAGCAGAGCGAUGCCCUGGCCAAGUAUCUGAAUGUGGCGCUGCUCAUCAAUCCGGAUGUGACCACCUUCUGGCACAUUCGCCGCCAGCUGGUGCAGAAGAAUCGCCUCAGCAUCAACAAGGAGCUGCAGUUCUCGGCCCUCGUACUCUCCAUCAAGCCAAAGUCCAACGAGGCGUUCGCUUACCGCCGCUGGCUCUACUCGUUUCAAAGUGCCGAUGCCAUUGACUGGCCAAAUGAAAUCAGCAUCUGCGAGCGGUCUGCCGAUCGCUGUGCGAGCAACUAUCACGCCUGGUCCCAUCGCCACUGGGUGCUGCGGAGCGGCCCCUGCCUGCUGCAGUCGGAGCUGAUGCGCACGGAAAAGUUUCUGCGCAAGCACAUCAGCGACUACAGCUGCUACCACUAUCGCCAGGUGCUGCUCGGUCGCGCCUACGAGCUGUGCUUCUGUAUGCCCAGCGGCGAGGCUCAGCCGCAGCUGGGCAGCCUCCUGGAGCUGCUCGCGGAGUACGGGCUGCCCUGUGAGCCGAACACCGAGGCUCUGAUUCAACUGAUGCUGCCCCACAUGAACCGCAGCACUGUCAGCGUCCAGCGUUUGCGCUCCUUUCUGUACUGCUGCAACGUGGCUGCCUACGACAUGCGGCUGUGCAAGGAGCAGCGGGCACUGUACGGACCGCGUGACUGCUUCGAGCUGCAUCGCCGUGCCGCCCUCAAGUUCAUUGUGGAGCAGUGCGUGCGCCUGCAAACGGAGCUGACUGCCACGAUGGAUAACUCGCUGCAGCUGGACAAGUUUGACUAUGGCAAGCAUCCCUUUCUCGAGGCGGUGCGGCAGGCCGAGUCGGCGCUGGGCGGCAAGCAUCAGCGUUGGUGUAAUUUGCAUCUCAAUUUUGGCUAUCCUGUGGCGGAGGCUACCUGGCGGGACUAGACCCCUCAAAAUGCCGUUGUAGAGCUCAAAGUUCGGGCAAUACUUGAAUCUACCUUGCUGUGUGCGUGUGUGUGUGUGUGUGUGUGCACACACACAUAUCCACUGUUUACCCCCAAAGACAAAUGUCUGACAUUCAUGACAACUGCAUUUCGAUAACUGUUAUACCGUUAUAUCUCGUUGCAUCCCCCUACACCCGCCACUGUGCUGACAGUCGUGUCCUUCAUUUUAAAAACAAUUAUCCCACUUAUGCACGUGUUUUUGUUAGCCAAUUUGCAAAUAGUUUUAAAAUAAAAUUAAAUCAACAGACAA